AUGGGUAGAGCUAACCUUUCAGGACAGUUGCUACCAUUUGAUCCAGAGAUUGACAAGACCUUUCUGAGGAGAAGGAAUUUACAGAAAGCUUUCCAAGCAGCAAAAGAAUCCUCAGGAAUGGCCGAUAAACUGCUGAAAGAUUAUCCGACACCAUAUGAACGAGGGGUCCAAUCCAGUAUCACCCGACCACCCAUCGAUGCUGACAACUUUAAGAUCAAGCCCGCAGUAAUCCACAUGGUCCAGUUAAAUCAAUUUGGAGGGGGGCCACACGAAGACCCGAAUCAUCAUCUGGAGUUGUUUUAUGAAAUCUGUGGCACGAUGAAGGUGAAUGAGGUUUCUCCAGAAUUGGUGAGACUGCUUCUUUUCGGAUUCUCUCUGAAAGACAGGGUCAAGCAGUGGCUGAAUUCUCUACCAGCAGAUAGCAUAUCAUCUUGGGAGCAAUGUGAGCAGAAAUUCUUAGACAAGUUCUACCCCCCAAGCAAGACUGCCCACAUGAGGAACCUGAUUGCCAGCUUCAAGCAGAUAGACUCAGAAUCCCUAUUUGAAGCCUGGGACUGGUUCAAGAGCAUGCAGAGACAGUGCCCCCAUCAUGGAGGAGCACUGAUGAACAAAAGCCUUGAUGAAGCUAAAGAGAUAAUAGAGAAUGUGGCACUAAACCACCAUCAGUGGGCAUCUGAAAGAUCUAGUGGUGCUUUCUCAGGAAAUCAGAUGAAGGCGUUAGGAAAAUUCGAGGUGGAUGCAUUCACACUCAUGUCUACAAAGCUGGACGCGAAAUUUGAAGCCAUGGGUAGCAACACAGCUAAUGCAAUAGUAUGUGUUUGCGACAUCUGCGGAAGUGCGGACCACGCUCAAGAUACUUGCCCCCUUGGGGCAAUGCAGGUACAGAUAAACCAGCUUGAGCAAUGUGAUGCAAUAACAGGCUAUAAUCAGAGGCAAAAUAAUCCGUACUCCAACACAUACAACCCUGGAUGGAGGAAUCACCCCAAUUUUUCAUACCGAAAUAAUCAGGACCAAGGGCCUGCACAUCAGACCUACCAACCUGGACAACAGACUCAUCAACAGCAGCAACCUACACAGCUGUCUAGGAUUGAAAAGAUGCUUGAGGAAGCUCUCUCGGAGCAAAAGGAGAUGAGGAGCGAGAUCAAACAACUGACUUAG